GGCUUUUGAAAAAUGAUCUGAAUGUUUUAGCAAACGAUACAAAGCGUAAAUACCCGAACGUUAAGCAGGCGGUAGAUAAGGCCUUGGAGAUCCUACAAUCAUCUGAAGUCGACGAAGAGAGGUCUCACUUACUAGUUAAACCAAUCGUCCUAGCUUGUCAAACCAGCUCAUCAUCUAUUAUCACACUUUCACUUUCUUCGCUAUCGAGGUUGAUCAAUUUGAAGUUAGUUUAUCAGCCCGUCGUUAGUACAGUGAUAGCUAUCAUCAGGCAACUCGUAUCGAAUGGUUUCGAAAUACAACUCAAAAUUCUGCAGAUACUCCUUUCUUUGUUCAGUACGAUAUCUGACUUACACGCUGAUGAGAUCUCUGAAUGCCUCAUCAUAUGUUUCAAAUUACAGGAUUCAAAAACAAUGGUUGUUUCUAGUACUGCAUCAGCAACUGUAAUGCAAUUAAUCCUCAACGUUUUUGAAAGAUUGAACGACGAGGAUAAGUUAGAUAAGAGCACCCUAGACAGUCGACCAUCAUUAUUCGUAGAUUUGGAGGAUGGUACUAGCUUACCUGUAGCACCUAAUGCUUUCACAGCUCAUAUGCUCUUUGCAGACACAAUUACCUUGUUAGAAGCAAAGAAUGAGCAACCAUUACGUUUCAUUAAGAUUGGGCAUUUACCAACUGAGUCUUCAUUAGAACUCAUAGAAAGCUGUUUGAAAAAUCACGUUGAUUUGUUUAAAUCGCACCCUUCUCUUUUACAUCUAGUGAAAAAGCAAUUAUAUCCAAUCAUACAAUCAAUGAUUAAUGAUCGUUACAUGAACUUCGGAAUUGCUACUAGGGUGUUCCAAAUUACAAGGAUUAUCUUAGCUGGUUUUGAGAAUGAGAUGAAGGAUGAGUGCAAAGAGCUCUGGAAAACAAUUACAGAUAUACUCGAAUCAGUACAUUACAAAGUAUGGAUGAAAUGCUUAUCAUUGGAAAUCACACAAUCACUAUUUAAUAACAACAAGUUUGUGUUUCUAUUUUAUCAAAACCAUGGAAAGGAAAUCUUUAUUAAUCUUCUCACAGCUAUUGCACGUUUCGUUGGUGAAAAGGCACACGUUAUGGGACAUAAUAAUGACAUAUCAGGUUUGGGAACGAGAUAUAUACCAAAAGAAACUACAACAUUAGAUGCAUCUUCAUAUUCAUACGUCGGUGAGGUGGCCGCUAUGAUGGCUACAAACACAACAAAUCAAGCGAAUAACCUCCCACAACGUCAAUACAAGCUGAAUGCGGAUGAAAGAAGUAGAAAGCUUCGCGUAGUCGACCAAAGAGAUAAGCAUGAUGCACCAACGAUCAAUGAUAGCUAUUCUUUACAUGUUGCACUUCUCAUUAUUUUAGAAGUAUGCAAUGUAUUUAAGUCAAUACAAGAUAAUGAUGAGCUGAUAAUUGGAAUGAUUAACGAAUCUUGGCCACCACUUAUCGCUAGUUUGAGUCAAUAUCUGAACGGUGAGAUUGACGAUGAAUUAUUCGUGAAAUGUAUAAAAAGUGCUGAAAAUAUGGCUGUCGUUAGCGGUACACUUCAAUUAAUGGCACCUCGUGAUGCAUUUUUAGGUAUGAUUUACGGUCUCGCUUGUCCAACUUUAGCGGUAACAGCGGUAAUGAAAUGGAAUGAAAGAAAAAGUGAUGUCGGAAGUAUGAGUCCUUCAUUAGAAUCAAUACCUUCGACAUACUCAUACCCUCCGCCAAGAUUAUCAAAUAGAAAUCACAUUUGUCUUGGUGUACUUAUUAAUCUAACAGCAGUUUUAUCAAACACGCUGGAAAAUUCAUGGUUUGAUGUCCUUGAAACAUUACAAAAUGCUCAUUAUGUACUUGGUUCACAUUUAGACUACGAAAUGAAGCAAAAACAAUUUAUACCAUCAGCUGAACAAGGAACAACAACAGCUGUUGCUGAUUACUUUGGUAAUAAUAUAGCACAAAACUCUUCCGAUGCUAGAGUUUUAUAUGAAGGUAUUGAAGAGAUAUUCAAACAUAGUGUCGAUUUCAAUAAAGACUCUUUGGAGAUGUUCGUACACGCCCUAUGUAGACUAAGUGUAGGCGAUGGUGUAACAUCGAACUUCAAAUCACCUACAUCAAGUAGACGUACAUCAAUGGAGGCAUUCUCGAGGAAAUCGUCAGCCACGUACGUACGUCAAAAUGAAUCGGCAUUUGCGAUAUCAAAAAUAGAUGUUGUUGGUCAAUUAAAUGUCGAACGGUUAAUUAGUAAUCAAGCUAAAGGAUGGUAUACGAUUAUUGAUAACUUAAGGGUCGUAAUUGGAGGAGACAUAUUAGAAUCAGAUAGUUUUCUGAGGGUCGAAGCAUCGGAAGUUUUAAAUAAAAUACUCAUAAGUGGCUUGAGUGCUGCGCAAGGUUGCAAGGAGGAGGAAGUUGACAAAGUUGCAAUACAAUCGAGUGUUUUAAACACUUUACAGUAUCUCUCUAGCUUGGAUAUAGAAAGCGGAAGCCACACUGUUAACAAUCUAUUAAAAACUAUCAGAGAGUCAGCUUUAGAUACGCUUCAUAAGUGUUUAGAGAACGUUGGUGAUAGCUUGGUGGUUGAAUGGGAUGGUGUUUUUAAAAUCUUAACUGAUUCUACUCAAAAUAAACCAGUCAAUGAAGUAAAGAAGGCGUUUGAAGUCGUGAACCUAAUCUGCAAUGACUUCUUGGAUGAGUUGAGUGUUGUCGAAGUUGAGAAAUGUGUAAAAGUUUUGUCAUUAUUUGCAAAAUCAAAUGUAUAAG